CUUCCGCGAUGGAAUGUGUCGAAACUCCCGUUCUCUCCCUCGCGGCCCGCGGCCUCGAUACUCUCGUGUGUGUGUGUGUGAGUCCGUUCGACACACUGCGUCGAAUUAUUUCUCUCUCUCUCUCUCUCUCUCUCUCUCUCUCUCUCUCUGCGCGAGAGACGCAUAUUUCCGCGUAAUGGGACGCCGUCGCCGCGACGGCGGUUUCCCUUUUUCCGUGGAAUGCGAGACGAGAGAGGAGCGUACCUGCGCGAGUGCACCUAGGUAUACAACGCACACAAGCUGUGCGCGCGCGAGAGAGAGAGAGAGAGAGAGAGAGAGAGAGAGAGAGAGAGAGAAGCUUGUGCGAGAGCCACGACGGAGGGGAGAGAGAGGUGUAUAGCAGCGGAGAGCUAUACUCGUUAUAAACGUGCGAGUGAAAUUCUUCGAGCCUUAUCCGAUCGCGCCGCCGCUUAACAGUUAGCCGCGACUAGUCCUUCCGUUACCGAUCGAAUCCCGUCUCUGGCUCUACACCACUACUGUGUUCUCUCUCUCUCUCUCUCUCGCUCGCUCUCUGCAAUUUCGAGAGCCGCAAGCAAGCGGCGAUUUUUCUUUCGAGUGAAACCUUAUGGCCCGCGUAUGUAUGGGUGCCAUUAUAAAAACUUUCACUGUGUGCGCAAGUAUAGGUAUCUAUACGGACGAGCCGCGUGAAAUGACACGAGAUUCCGGAUAGUAGACGGAUUGCGCUGCACCUAUACCUGUAUAACUACAUUGUAGCGGCAUUAUUAUUGUGUACACAGUAUAUAUAUAUAUAAAACACGUUGAUACAACGGAGGGCGAAUCGGAAGCGGCUGGUUGCUGCACCUGUCCAUGCGGGAUGUCGACGAGCUGAGAGAUGGUAGAAAAAGAAAGGUGCGACUGUCUGCGCAUAGAUUCGUCGACUUUUCCAUCAUCGUCCGAUGCAUACGCGGCAGAGAGAAAGAGAGACGAGUGCCGUCGACCCGUAUGGGGAGAAUUCUUAUGCUCUGAGCGACCAUCAGCCAUGCCUUAUUACAACUCCUCGAGCCAUGGAAACUCCCUCUACAACAAGGCGAUGUUGAAAUAUUGCGUCUCUGCAGAAAGCGGACCGAGAGAUGCGACGUCGGGACCGGCUGUAUCCAGCUCAGCUGGUGGAGGAGGAGGAGGAGGAGGAGGAGGAGGAGGUGGUGGCAGCGGCGGCGGAGGUCGAGGCGCCGGCGAAUCGACGUAUCUGAUGGAACAUCUGGCGACCUUCACAGUGACCAAGGAGACGGGAAUCGUGUAUCCGGCCGAUGGUAUGAGGAGACUGUUGCAACUGGAGAAGAGCAAUGGAAUUUGGAGCCAGAAGAUGCAGCUCAGGCUCGAGCGCAAUUGGGUCCUCAUUAUGGAUAACGAGACGGGGGCGGUGAUGGAACGGUUCCCAGCGGCCUUGAUCCAGGAGCCCACGGCCUUCACCUCCCGCGACCCGAUGGAGCUGUACAACAACAUCCUGGUGUUCACCGUCGCGGACGACAGCGGUGGCCAACGCGCCGAGAUGCACAUCUUCCAGUGCCAGAGUGUCUCGGCUCAGGACCUCGUAGAGGACCUCAAGAUGCUGCAGGCCGGAAAGCUCGUAAGCGCCGGUUCGCCUAGAGCUUCACGUUCCCACAUACCGCCCCCACCGGCUCUGCCGCCACCAGAACCACCGCUCAACGGAGUAGGAGGACCCAGGGAUCCCGGAUUUCCACCUGCUAAUAAUGACGGCCACCACGAGGACACGUCUCGAGAAGAAAACAACGACGAAGUCUCGUCUACCUCCUCGGACAAGUACGAGCGCGACGUGACGAUCCUGAACCACUGCUUCGACGACAUCGAGAAGUUCAUCGCGAGAUUGCAGCACGCGGCCGCGGCGUCUCGCGAGCUCGAGCGCCGUAGGCGCAAUCGCAAGUCGAAGAAGCGCAAUCUGGGUGACGGCAUGUUAACAAUGCGCGCCAAGCCACCUCCGGAGCUCGAGUUCAUCGACAUCUUCCAAAAGUUCAAGCUCUCGUUCAACUUGCUGGCCAAGCUCAAGGCUCACAUUCACGACCCGAACGCGCCGGAGCUCGUGCACUUCCUCUUCACGCCCCUGGCUCUAAUCGUCGACGCUUCGCACGACACCAACUACGAGCCCAACCUGCCGUCCAAGGUCGUGUCGCCGCUGUUAACACGCGAGGCAGUGAAUUUGUUGAUGAAUUGCGUCACUAGCAAGGAGACCGAACUAUGGCACUCGUUGGGCGACACCUGGUUGGUACCGCGUGAGCAGUGGAAGGCGCACGUGCCACCGUAUCAUCCAGUGUUUAUGGAUGGAUGGUCUCCCGACUACCCGAUUCCUGAUGACAGGGAUACUUCGAUACAUAACGAUCAUUUGGCAUCUUUGCUCAACGCUGACAAACGCAAAAGGGACGAGAUUCCUGAUCAUCAAAAUGAUCCAUACUACGCCCACAGAGAAGUCGAAGAGUCACACUACAGCAGCGAUUACCUGGACUAUGAAAGUCGCGAAGAGAGAGCAAAUCCAGAAUACUUCGAGCGUGGUUACGACCGGGGUUCGGAGCUCUAUGGCCGCGAGGAGCCACGUGACAGGGACCGCGAACGUGAUCCGCGAGGUGCGCACAGCGAUAUAUCCGUCGACUCGAUCGAGCGAGGCGCUCGAGCCGUGGGUGGUGCUCCUGCUGCUGCGGCCGUCGAACGGGCCCAGGAGGCCUGGCUGGAUGAAUUGGUGUCAAGACGCACCAAGAUUGUGCAGGUCACCUAUCCUCGUACUGCCAACAAUGACAAGGAGCUAACCGUUGUCAGGGGCGAGUACCUAGAGAUCCUCGAUGACAGCCGUAAAUGGUGGAAGGCGAGGAACUCCCGCGGACAGGUGGCACACGUGCCACACACGAUUGUCACCCCACACAACCCUGCCAUCUCACCUGAUAGUGAUGUGUUUAAUAAUCCUCUGUAUGCGGCUAGAUAUCAGAGGCAGUCGCACGGCUACAAUUACGAGGAUUCAGAGAUCGACGGUGCCAAUACUAGUCCUGGAUCGGAAACGACUCACCGAGCCCAUGCGAUUCCUCCGCCAGCUCCCGCAGAUUGGGUGCGCAAGGAGCGACUUGGCAAGAAAGGUGAUUCUAUUGAUUCGGAUAAAAGCGAUACUUGUAGCGAUAUUUCGAGCAUAACAAGAAGUGAUGAGCUUGAUAACAUAUCGAUCCCAAGAUUUUUUGAAUCAAAAGCGAAUAAAUCACCGCCAGUUCCACCCCCAUUACCAGUGUUUUUAAAUCCACCCUUGUUAAGACCACACAGUACCAUUGAGCGAGUCAAAAAUGAGGAACCAGCAAAAGAAAGAAAUCAAAGAGACCAAGUUCACGAGGAAUUAAAACACGUGUUAACAAUGCUAAAAGAAAAAAGGCAAAUGGUUGAUACAUCUGUACCGGCGGAUAAUCGAGAAAACAAGAAAUUACCGUAUGAGAUUCAAACGUGGAAUGAGCAGAGGAUUUUACGAAAGGUAGUCAAUUCAAGAAAAACACAAGAGAUUUGAUCAAUACAUUAUAUUUUUUGCAUACGCGUAGUUUAUGCACACAGUAUAGAAUGAAAACAGAAAAAAAGAUAACAGACUAGUAAUAAUAUUUAAUUUAAAAAAUAAAAUAAUAAAAGUUCAUAAUAAUAUUGCUCCAAUUUUUCUUAAUGUAAUAACGUUUUAAAUAUAUAUAAUUUGAAAGUACACUUAUUUAAAAUAAAUACAUAAUAGAUAUAUAUGUAUAAUUUGGAAUAACAUAAGAGUAAGUUUCUCUUUAUGGUUUUACCAUCAUAAUUAACUGAUUGAUUGAUGCACAUGUAAAUAGUAUGUAACAUCAGCUACUUUCUCAUCUGUUAUAUUAUAAUCUAAAGCUACAACUUUAUAAAAAAAGUAUUACAAUCAUUGUUAAAAAAUAUUUCUAGUUUUGAUGAUUGUUUUAUAAAAUUUAUAGAAAUAUGUAAUGAAUUAAAGUACACUGUAUCCAUAAUAUUGAAUUUGGCUAUUUCUAAAAACUAGAAAUCAGGUUUUUAAAUAAAAAUUGAAUUGGAUUACUUGAAACUUUCAUCAUCUUGAUUAUGUUUCAUUGUAGUUGAAUAUCAUUUAUCACAGACAUAGUUAAUUUUUUAAUGUGAAGUCGUCAUGAAAAGAAAAAGGGCAUCAUAAAAAUAAGAGUUUUCAGAGUCGGAAAACGGUUUGAACAUUUCGUUUUCAUCACGAUUUCAUGCUGCACGUUGACAUAAAAUAAACUCACUGAGAUAUAGUAUAGAAUAACAAAAAGUAAUUCGUGAACCUAAGUGUGAUACCCGCAUUUAAAGCUAAUUAAUGUGAUGUUUUUGUAAAGAAAUAUUUAAAAAAUAAAUAAAUAAAUUAUCCUCUACAAAUAA